AUGACCCCUGAGAUUAGACCUCCAGUAUAUCACAUGAUCCCUGAGAUUAGACCUCCAAUAUAUCACAUGACCCCUGAUAUUAGACCUCCAAUAUAUCACAUGACCCCUGAUAUUAGACCUCCAGUAUAUCACAUGACCCCUGAUAUUAGACCUCCAAUAUAUCACAUGACCCCUGAAAUUAGACCUCCAGUAUAUCACAUGACCCCUGAGAUUAGACCUCCAGUAUAUCACAUGACCCCUGAGAUUAGACCUCCAGUAUAUCACAUGACCCCUGAGAUUAGACCUCCAGUAUAUCACAUGACCCUUGAGAUUAGACCUCCAGUAUAUCACAUGACCCUUGAGAUUAGACCUCCAGUAUAUCACAUGACCCCUGAGAUUAGACCUCCAGUAUAUCACAUGACCCCUGAGAUUAGACCUCUAGUAUAUAACAUGACCCCUGAGAUUAGACCUCCAGUAUAUCACAUGACCCCUGAGAUUAGACAUCCAAUAUAUCACAUGACCCCUGAUAUUAGACCUCCAGUAUAUCACAUGACCCCUGAUAUUAGACCUCCAAUAUAUCACAUGACCCCUGAUAUUAGACCUCCAGUAUAUCACAUGACCCCUGAUAUUAGACCUCCAAUAUAUCACAUGACCCCUGAUAUUAGACCGCCAGUAUAUCACAUGACCCAUGAGAUUAGACCUCCAGUAUAUCACAUGACCCUUGAGAUUAGACCUCCAGUAUAUCACAUGACCCCUGAUAUUAGACCUCCAGUAUAUCACAUGACCCCUGAUAUUAGACCUCCAAUAUAUCACAUGACCCCUGAUAUUAGACCGCCAGUAUAUCACAUGACCCCUGAGAUUAGACCUCCAGUAUAUCACAUGACCCUUGAGAUUAGACCUCCAGUAUAUCACAUGACCCUUGAGAUUAGACCUCCAGUAUAUCACAUGACCCCUGAGAUUAGACCUCUAGUAUAUAACAUGACCCCUGAGAUUAGACCUCCAGUAUAUCACAUGACCCCUGAGAUUAGACCUCCAGUAUAUCACAUGACCCCUGAGAUUAGACCUCCAGUAUAUCACAUGACCCCUGAGAUUAGACCUCCAGUAUAUCACAUGACCCCUGAGAUUAGACCUCCAAUAUAUCACAUGACCCCUGAGAUUAGACCUUGUGUAUAUCACAUGACCCCUGAGAUUAGACCUUGUGUAUAUCACAUGACCCCUGAGAUUAGACCUCCAGUAUAUCACAUGACCCUUGAGAUUAGACCUCCAGUAUAUCACAUGACCCUUGAGAUUAGACCUCCAGUAUAUCACAUGACCCCUGAGAUUAGACCUUGUGUAUAUCACAUGACCCCUGAGAUUAGACCUCCAGUAUAUCACAUGAUCCCUGAGAUCAGACCUCCAGUAUAUCACAUGAUCCCUGAGAUUAGACCUCCAGUAUAUCACAUGACCCUUGAGAUUAGACCUCCAGUAUAUCACAUGACCCUUGAGAUUAGACCUCCAGUAUAUCACAUGACCUAUGAGAUUAGACCUCCAGUAUAUCACAUGACCCCUGAGAUUAGACCUCCAGUAUAUCACAUGACCCCUGAGAUUAGACCUCCAGUAUAUCACAUGACCCUUGAGAUUAGACCUCCAGUAUAUCACAUGACUCCUGAGAUUAGACCUCCAGUAUAUCACAUGACCCUUGAGAUUAGACCUCCAGUAUAUCACAUGACCCCUGAGAUUAGACCUCUAGUAUAUAACAUGACCCCUGAGAUUAGACCUCCAGUAUAUCACAUGACCCCUGAGAUUAGACCUCCAGUAUAUCAUAUGACCCCUGAGAUUAGACCUCCAGUAUAUCAUAUGACCCCUGAGAUUAGACCUCCAAUAUAUCACAUGAUCCCUGAGAUUAGACCUUGA